AUGCUGUUCCCUACUGUGACCUGGUUCCUGUUGGUAGCAGGGCUGUUGGGUGUCUGGGCUCAGGACUACUAUGAAGAGAGAACAGUGAAUAAGAGACCCAGGGGCAGGGGGGCCCAACUGCAAGCUGCAGCCAUUGCAACUAACGUGCAAAAACAUAAUGGACAAGCCAUUUCAGAUGAAGACUGCGGUCUGGAGCUUACCUUUCUGCUGGACAGCUCUGAGAGUGCCAAGGAGAACCAUGAGCAGGAGAAGCGCUUUGCCAUGGAUGUGGUGGACAGGCUCCAGGCCGCCCGUCUGCAGACGGGCCGCAGUCUGAGCUGGAAGGCGGCCCUGCUGCAGUACAGCAGUCACGUCAUCAUCGAGCAGACCUUCAAGCAGUGGAGAGGCACUGACAACUUCAAGUCCCACAUCACCCCCAUUGUCUACAUCGGCCACGGCACCUACACCACUUACGCCAUCACCAACAUGACCAAGAUGUACCUGGAGGAGUCCAACCCAGGCAGCAUCAAGGUGGCCAUGCUGCUCACUGACGGCAUCUCCAACCCCAGGAACCCAGAUAUCUUCUCAGCUGCCACUGACGCCAAGAACCAGGGGGUUAAGUUCUUCACGGUGGGCAUCACCCGCGCAGCCAACGAGUCAGCCAACGUGGCCCAGCUGCGUUUGUUGGCCAGUUCUCCUGCCUCCCGAUACCUCCACAACCUUCAGGAUAUUGACAUUGUGGAGAAAGUCCUCAAAGAAAUUACUGACCUGGCUGAUGAAGGGUGUCCCCCGGCCCAUCAAUGUGCCUGUGAGAAGGGCGAAAGAGGACUCAGUGGCUUAGCCGGGAAGAAGGGUCGCCCAGGAGAUGAUGGAGCCCCUGGUCUUAAAGGAUCGAAGGGAGAGGGAGGACUAAGUGGACUUCCAGGUCAGGAUGGCGGAGAAGGAAAAUCUGGUUACAAAGGAGAGAGGGGUGAGAGAGGCGAGUGUGGCACUCCAGGAAUUAAAGGGGACAGGGGUCCUGAGGGCCCAAUGGGCACCAGAGGAGUCAGAGGUCUCCAGGGUUUACCCGGUCCACAGGGUGACGUUGGACCUGAGGGCCCUCAGGGAAAGAAGGGUGACCGGGGUCCAGCUGGCCCGGCCGGAAUUCAGGGAGAAAAUGGUAUUGGACUUCCUGGAUCUAAGGGUGAUCUGGGAUUCCAGGGGAAACCCGGCCCCCCUGGUCCACCAGGGUUGGGUGAAUAUGGUCAGCCAGGGCCUCAAGGGCCACAAGGUUUUCAAGGAGAGAUAGGACCCCACGGAGAGGGGCUCCCUGGGCCAAAGGGAGACCGGGGGCUGGCCGGACCGAGGGGGCCAAGAGGACAGACGGGUGCAGGAAUCAAAGGAGAAAAGGGUGAGUUUGGGCCUCCAGGUCAUCCUGGACUUGUUGGACUUACAGGAGCGGGCAUCCAGGGGGAGAAGGGAGUGGAGGGUCCCAGAGGUCCACCUGGUGGCAGAGGACCUCAAGGAGAGGGCUUACCUGGACCUAAGGGUGAUCAAGGUUUACCAGGAGAGCUCGGAGCUACAGGGGAGAGAGGCGUUGGUGAGCCAGGGCCAAAGGGUGAGCUUGGUACAUCUGGCCUGGCUGGCUUACCUGGUCUUCCAGGCGAGGACGGGGCUCCAGGACAGAAGGGUGAGGCGGGUGUAGCUGGUAUAAGAGGUCCUGAUGGAGCAGCAGGGAUCGGCACCCAGGGCGAGAAGGGAGACCAGGGUCAGAGGGGCAUCCGUGGAUUACAUGGACCUCCUGGCAUGACCGGACCCUCAGGGGCAAAGGGGGAGCCUGGCACACCAGGCCGACUGGGCAUGCCAGGACUACCGGGACGGGCCAUUGCAGGUCCCAAGGGUGAUCUGGGCACACCUGGUCCCUCUGGGCCGAUUGGAGAGACAGGCUAUGGGCUACCUGGGCCAAAGGGUGACCGUGGUAAUCCUGGUCCAUCAGGACCUUUUGGGCCCAAAGGUGAAGGUUUCCCUGGUCCAGUGGGUCCUCCAGGCCUUCCAGGUCUACAGGGAGAGCAGGGCCCUGAGGGCGUUGGCAUCCCAGGACCUAAGGGAGACAUUGGCUUCAGAGGAUUGCCAGGUUUGCCAGGCCCAAAAGGAAAGGGUGUGCAAGGACCACCGGGUAACAUUGGAAGGAAAGGACCCCCUGGUCCAAAUGGGCCCCCAGGGGAAGGUCUGCAGGGCCCCAAGGGUGAGCAGGGGUCUCAGGGUGUGACAGGGCCAAGGGGACCCAUAGGGGAAGGAUUCCCAGGAGGUAAGGGUGACCGUGGCUUGCAGGGUGAGAGAGGAAAUAAGGGUGUAAAGGGGGGCAUGGGAGAUUCUGGGAUUCCUGGAGAGUCUGGGAGGCCAGGAGUAAAGGGUGAAGCAGGGCUUACAAGAGAAGACAUCAUUAAAUUGAUCAAGGAAAUAUGUGGAUGUGGAAUCAAGUGCAAGGAGAGGCCAAUGGAGCUUGUAUUCGUCAUUGACAGCUCAGAGAGUGUUGGUCCGGAAAACUUUGAAAUCAUCAAGGACUUCGUCACAGCGCUGGUGGACCGUACCACUGUUGGACGUAACGCCACCAGAAUUGGACUGGUUCUGUACAGUCUGGAUGUCCACCUGGAGUUCAAUCUGGCGCGCUACAUGACCAAGCAAGAUGUCAAGCAGGCCAUCAGGAAGAUGUCCUACGUGGGUGAGGGAACCUAUACUAGCACCGCCAUCCGGAAGGCUACCCAGGAGGCCUUCUACAGUGCCCGUACUGGGGUUAGAAAAGUGGCCAUUGUUAUCACAGAUGGACAGACAGACAAACGAGAGCCUGUGAAGCUAGACAUUGCUGUGAGGGAGGCCCAUGCUGCCAACAUUGAGAUGUAUGCCCUGGGGAUUGUCAACACCUCAGAUACAACCCAGGCCGAGUUCCUGCGUGAACUAAAUCUGAUCGCCUCGGACCCCGACAGUGAACAUAUGUACCUCAUCGACGAUUUCAACACUCUACCAGCUCUGGAGUCAAAACUUGUUAGCCAGUUCUGUGAGGAUGAGAAUGGAGCCCUUGUGUUGAAUCGCAACGCUAAUGGCUUUGGAAGGAAUGGGAACAGCGGUCAUGGGAACAGCGGUCAUGGGAACAACGGUCACGGGAACAACGGUCACGGGAACAACGGACAGGGGAACAGCGGACAUGGGAAUAACGAACAUGGGAAUAACGAACAUGGAAACGCCUAUAAUGAGGAUCCUAUCCUAAAUCCAAGUGGACGCACCAGUUCCCAGAGUCACAUCAGAGGCCGUGGAGAUAACUUUGCUCUGCCCCUCAAUGCUGGACCACUCCCAGUGCAGGUUCAAGUGGAUGAUGAAGAGGGUGAAGAUUUAGACGUAAGGACCCACGUGCAAGGAGGUAGUACUGUGGCUGUAGUUAACAAAACAGUAUCCAUCUUCCCUGCAAGGGAAAGCUCCCACUCCAACACAGCUGUCUCAUCAUCAUCAUCAUCAGGAUCAGCAUCAUCAUCCUCAGGAACAUCAGGUUCAGCUUCAUCAUCCAGCGAGGGCCAAUUUCAACCUGUAUCAAUUCCUAUCCCUAAUUCUAUUUUCCCCCAAGAGUCCGUCUCGCUCAAUCCCCGCUGUAACCUGAGUUUGGACCAAGGCACCUGUCGAGAGUAUAACAUCCAGUGGUAUUAUGACAAACAGGCCAAUUCCUGUGCACAGUUCUGGUAUGGAAGCUGUGAAGGAAAUGCCAACCGUUUUGAGACAGAGGAUGUGUGUAAGAAGACCUGUGUUCUAUCUAGAACAGCUGGUUAA